AUGCAACGCGAAUUAAACAGCGGUCAUAUUCUAUAUUUACUAAUUGGACUAGCAUUUAUCAUUGUACCAUGGAAUGUUCUCUUGUAUUACAUCAAUUGGCGAUACAUAAAAAUUACACCGAAAAAUUUUUCAUUAUUAUUUCCGCGCAAUACUUUAAGUAACACCCAAAAAUGUUCACUUCUCCUAAUUACUUUAAAGAUACUUAUUUCGGCAUGUUUGCUUCUUUCAUCAUGGAUUCCAGCAAUUGCAACCUGUAGAAAUCAUGGUGUAGAACGCAAUAUUGCUGAAUUAAUAUUCCUACCACAAAUAUUUAACAAAACUUCACCGUUAUGCCUAUUUUUCAUUCCGUUCGGUUUUCUACCACUCAUACAUAUUCCAACUCUUGUAUUUUACAUGAUUGUUACAGUUAGUGAAGAAUCUUCGCGUGGGUAUGCAAUAAAAACAUUCAUGAUAUACUGUAAUGUUAUACUAGCAAUUAUUUAUUAUCUAUCAGCAUAUUUCAUGGGCAACGAAAUUAAUUCAUUUAAGGAAUCAUUUCAUUUGGAAUGUACUGUUAAAACGAAACAUUGGAUGGUGGCAGUGAUACUUGCAUACUUGAUUAACGCCUUAUGUAUGAUAACUGUCAUUCUCCUGAUUAUCAACCGAUUAACUGAAUCAAGCGGUAACGAGAAAGAUGAUCCUUUAAUGAAUAAAGAAGCGGAAUCACUUGAACAAGUAAGCAAUAUAUCAAUGAGUACGGCACAUUCUAUAUCAUUUCAUGCCAACCAUGGCACAAUCGAACUUACACCAGAGCCAUUCGUCGUCAACUGCGAUAGUAAUGGAAUCCUUAAUCUGAGAAAUGCUUACAGCAAUCAAUGGGUUGCUAUUCGACUUCUUACCAACAACAAUGGUGCAUUAAACAUUCAUCCAACCAAAUUUCUAUUGCCACCGGGACGUGUUAGCGCUGCUGAAAUAACAAUGACAAAUAAGGUAGCAAUGAAAGAAGAGCCAUCUAGCCGACUUCUUGUACAAUGGUAUACGAUUGGUGCAUAUUGUCCAGCACGAAAUGUGAAUACUCUCUGGACAAGACCGUAUUGUGUCCCACGUGAUCAAUGGCAUUACAAAAUUAUUCCUAUCUAUUUCACUUUUUCUUAA